AUGGCGAGUUUACACAAGAAGUCCGCUGGAAUGGUACCAAGGGCGUCGGAAUUUAGUAAUGCGGCGGCUCUCGAGUUCCUGCGGCACACCUUCAGCAAAAUAUGCAUUUUUCUGGCAGAAGGCAUGUAUGAUUUAACUUCUCAGAACUGCUAUGAACUACUUCUGAGGCAGGUGGGACUUAACCUUCUAGUUCAGAGGUCGGCAUACUACCAUCGCACCACAGGAGCCCGGGAUAUUGUUCACAGAUAUUUUAUAACAAAUCUGCUCAGCGAUAUUAUUACGCAGUUCUCGAGCAGCCGGAGACUUGAACAUGAGCUGUCUGGUUCCAGAGUUUCUGCAGUUGAUUCCUCCGUGCAACCUUCCAGUCAAAAUGCUACAGUUGAACCAGUGAAUGACAAAGAGUUGAGCGAAUCGAGAUUGGUGGGCCAGGAGGCGCCAUGCGUCGGGCUACUUCAGGUUCGUUACCGAGGUCAGUGGGGCUCCGUCUGUAGUAGCCUGUGGGAUUCAACAGUUGGCGAAGUCGUCUGCAGACAGAAUGGUUGCAACGCCUAUCACACAACAGUGUCUAUACCCAUCUCACAAGAAACGGGGCCUAUUUUGUUGGACAAAGUUCAUUGCGCUGGAACUGAGUCAUCACUGUCAGAAUGCUCAUUCAGUGCUUCGGACCAGCAGAACUGUGGAACUGGGACGGUUGUUGGCUUCUUCUGUAAAGUCAGACAACUAGCUGUGCUUAAGGAUGGAGGUAGCCCUUGUGCCGGAAGAGUUGAGGCCAGUAACUUUUUAGCAACCCGUGUCGUCUGUGGCCGAAUGUGGGAUAUGAAUGAAGCUCGUGCUUUCUGCAAAUUCCUGAGCUGUGGUGACGCUGUAUCUGCAUCAGGGAAUUCUCAGUUUGGGGCUGGUCAGGCCUCGAUGCUGAACUUUGAACUUCACUGCAAAGGCACUGAGGAAGACCCCUGGAAAUGUGAAUUGAAGGCUUUGGCUCACAAAAACUGCUCUGCAGAGAAAGAAGCAGCUGGUGCUGUUUGUUCAGGUGAAGAUUGGCAGAUGCGACUGGCCAAUGGGGAGACCACUUGUGAUGGCCGAGUGGAGGUUUAUAAUCGUGGCACUUGGGGGAGAGUGACUGACACUCAGUGGAAUUUCAAUGAUGCGGAUGUCGUUUGCAGACAACUGAAUUGUGGCUCUGCAAUAAGAGUGUACAACCAAUCAAAGUUUGGCAAAGGCACAGAUCCAUCCUUGAUCAACAAUGUCACUUGCAACGGAAGUGAACGCUUCCUGGCGAAUUGCAAUUUUACACAAAUGAAAGAGUUGUCUAUUGAUGAUGACGUGGGUGUGGUUUGCUCUGAUCAUAUCCAGAUAAGAUUGGUGGAUGGUGGAAGUCGCUGUGCUGGCAGGGUGGAGCUUUAUUCCAAUGGAACCUGGGGAACUGUGUGUGAUGACUCCUGGGAUUUAGCAGAUGCCCAAAUUGUCUGUAACCAGCUGAAGUGCGGACAGGCUUUAAAUGCAACGAUUUCCGGUUGGUUUGGUCCAGGAUUAGGGCCAAUCUGGUUAGACAAUGUGAAGUGUGGAGCGAAUGAUUCUCUCCUGUGGGAAUGUCUGCCAGGCCGGUGGAGUGAGAACGACUGCAACCAUAAAGAGGAUGCUGGAGUUAUCUGCUCAGAGCACAGGGCUCUGAGGCUGCAGGAUGGAGCGAAUCCCUGUCAGGGCAGAGUCGAGAUUUUCUAUAAUGGAACCUGGGGGAGUGUUUGUUCCGAUUCCUUUGGAAUAAAGGAAGCGGACGUUGUUUGUCAACAACUCGGAUGUGGCUCUGCCCAAGCUGUGGAUCGUGAUGUUACAUUUGGAAGCGGUUCUGGACAGAUCUGGCUCGAUGAUGUGAGCUGUCGUUCGCACGACACAGUCCUGUGGGAAUGUCUAUCUUCACCAUGGGGUGAAAAUAAUUGUGAUCACCAGGAGGAUGUCGGAGUUAUUUGUUCAGAACUAAAUCCUGGGAGAAUGCACAGUGAUGACGAUAGGAAGAAAAGUAACAUGGAACCGGUUUCGGAAGAUUCUGAGCUGCGGCUGGCUGCGGGAUCGAACAACUGUUCGGGAAGAGUUGAAAUAUUUUUCAGUGGGACAUGGGGAACGGUUUGUGAUGAUUCCUGGGACAGGCAUGAUGCCGCUGUUGUUUGCAGACAAUUAAAUUGCGGCGAGCCGGUCUGGGCUGUAGGAGAGACGCUAUUGGACCAAGCAAACGGAACAAUUUGGAUGGACGAGGUUCAGUGCAAGGGAAGUGAACUCUUCCUGUGGGACUGCCAAUUGUCAGCAAUGGGAGAUCAUGACUGUGACCAUAAAGGGGACGUCAACGUGAUCUGUUCCGGCCAUCAGAAACACAGAACACCCUUCAACCAGGAGAGACCCUCUAUUUUCAUCAUCCCUUGCAUAUUUGUUGUCCUUUUGAUUGCUGUUUCACUUGCUUUGGCUGCAGAAUUACAGAAAAGCUUCCAGAAAGCCAACAGAAACAGACAAUAUCACACCACUGGAUUUCAUGAUCCUGUUUAUGAAGAGAUUGAGGUUCAGGAGCUUGGAACAGGCACAGGUUUGCAGUCGAUCAGUUCACUAAACAAAUUGGAAUAUUAUACGGACAGCGAGUUACAUGAACAUGAGGAUGCAAAUGUGGAAGAUUCACUUAUUUUUGAUGAUAUUGAAUUUGGAAGACAAUAUGAUGAUAUUCAAUAAUUUGAGAUGGAGUAUGAACAACUACCAUCACUUUAGCUUCUUCCUCGACAUUUCAUGUUCACCCCAUCGUCAUCAUUAUUUAUGAUUUCUCAUUCAUUUUAACCAAAUUGUGAGCUUGGAAAUGAACAUUUGCAUGUUGCUUAUUAAGAAAUCAUAAAUGUAAGAAACGUUGCAGUCAAAAUUUUGAUGAAAUAAAAUGAGGCAAUAAUUUGCUGUGCGAAAAUUAUAAAUUCAAAGAUGUUUUGGAGUCAGUCACCAAAUUGAAGUUAAAAAGACUUAGAACAAAGAACAUAGAACAGUACAGUACAGUACAAGCCCUUCAGCCCUCAAUGUUGUGCCGACCUAUUAUCCUACUCUGAGCUCAAACUAAGCUACAUACCCUUUAUUUUACUAUCAUCCAUGGAACUAUCCAAGAGUCGGUUAAAUGUC